UUAGCGUAUCUCUGCUUCAUUCAUGUCGACCGCUGACCAUGGCAUCUACCAAAAUAUCUGAGAUAGCCGACAGCAUCAUGGGUCCUUUUGCGACUCUUAUGCUAAAACAAGCCCAUUUUCCGCCACCUGAAGACUUCCCUCUUAAAGUGCUCGAUAAUGCUUGUGGCCCUGGCACUGUCACUCUUCGCAUACUGUCCAGUCUUUCCUCUCAUGAUAAAGCUAAACUGGAAUUGAGUUGUGCGGACAUAUCUGAACUGAUGAUUGGUUCCCUAUCUCAAAAGAUCGAGUCGGGAAGCUGGAAGAAUGUGAAAGCUUUCGUCGCCGAUGCGAUGGAUACAAAACUCCCUUCCUCCUCAUUCACCCACAUCUUUUUCAACUUCGUUCCAUUCAUCCUCCCACUCCCCCUGGUCGGCUUACGUGAAUGUCACCGAAUGCUUGCUGUUGGGGGCACACUGGCAUUCACAGGCUGGAAGUCCAAUGGGUGGGCAGAUGAAUUCCGCGAGGCUCUCGACCACGAUCCAGAUCUGCCUCCAUUCCCGAGCAAUGCGCAAAUAAUGCAAAUGAUGUCCCAAGAAGAAGUACCCACUAGAUGGGACAAUGAAGACACUGUAAAAACGUACUGUAAAAAAGUUGGAUUUACUGACGUUGAGGUAUGUGUGGAGGUGAAUGAAACGAGAUGGCAAAAUGUCGGGGUGGUUGAAACAAUGCUGCCGUGGACUUUCGGUCUGGUAAUGAAUAAGUUCUGGACAAAGCAGGAGAUUGAGAGAUGGCAGGACAGAGGUUCUGAAGCAAUCAUGAAGUAUUUCAAAGAAAAGUAUGGAACGGGAGAGGUAACGUGGAGUUGGAAGGCUCUGGUUGUGACUGCCCAAAAAAGUCCUCUACUGCAGUCGGGCUUGGCUUCAUGACCAAAAAAUGUAUCCUGCUGUCAGGACUUAGCCACCUUUAGUGUUACAUUCCAAUAGACUGAAGUCAAAGUGUUCAAGA